CAGACGCUCUCUUAGGCUGGCACAGCGCGACACGUAAAGAUUUUUGUAGAAAAUUCGCCACGAACGCGUUGAACUCGCAUUUGUACCUUUACAAAACGCUUUAAGUUUAUUUAAGAAAAAACAAUUUUUUUUUUUUUUACUCACUUGAAACAAAUUGAAAAAGUGCGAAAAAUCCUCAAUCGCUUUGAAGCGUAUUGCAUUAGUCGGCGAGUUGAAAGUGCAUUACAAAUUGUGGAACGAAAUUGUGACACUACCCACCACUUCCCCUACCAAUAGUGGUGAAGAGCAGUAGCAAAGUUGUGCGCUCCACAAAAAGCACGUAUAAAAGCAAAAAACAAAAGAGUUCAACUUAUUCCCCAGACUCAUUCUCCAAGCAACUGUGUUGUGCUACGUUUACCUGUGGGUGUUGUUGUUGCAUUACUUGUGGUGGCAUUUGCAUUUCAUUUUCUGUAAUAAAAGUAGAAGAAGUCAGUGAUUUCGAAGGCUAACACCACACUCAUUUGGUCAUUCGUUUGUACGUCAGCUCGUCGAUAUUUCGUUGUGUUCGUUCGUGCGUCUGUGCGUUUGGUUCGGGCGAUCGUUACUUUAUUUGCCUGUUCGCAACAGUUGCUGCGAUCUUUGUGGUGUUGCGCUGGCGCAGUGUAAGUGGAACUCUGCUAGUGAUCGGUAGGACAAAUUUGCCGUAGUGCGCUUUGUACUGAAACGAUCUCUCUUCUUCUGCUUAAAGUAAAGUUACAUUUUGUAGUGAGGUUUGCUCGUCGUGAGCCCCACUUAACCAUUUAACACUGAAAGUUUGUGUGUGACUCGAGUUAUUGCAAUUUCUUACGUUGAAACGUGAAUACCGUUCGUAGAUAGUUGCUGCGGUGAUUGCUGGUGUUAAAACUUCAGCGCAAGAAAAAAUAAAACAAAACCACACACAAUGGCAAAACUUUUAGUAGUUUUAGCCAUUUUAGCUGUGGCUGCUGCGACAGCUUCUGCAGAACGUGUGAGACGUCAGGCCACAACUGAGGAGCCCAAAAAAGAGGAGUCCUUUGAGAAAGAAUUAUGUAAGGACAAGGAUGCCGGUGAAUGGUUCCGUUUGGUCGCUGGUGAGGGCGAUAAUUGUCGUGAUGUUAUUCAGUGUACAUCGUCGGGUUUGCAAGCCAUUCGUUGCCCGGCUGGUUUGUACUUCGAUAUUGAGAAACAGACCUGUGACUGGAAAGAAUCCGUCAAGAACUGCAAAUCGAAGAACAAAGAGCGACGUGUCAAACCUUUGCUCCACACAGACGAGCCACUCUGCCAGGAUGGCUUCUUGGCUUGUGGUGAUGGUAACUGCAUUGAGCGCGGCCUCUUCUGUAACGGCGAGAAGGAUUGCUCAGAUGGUUCUGAUGAGAACACUUGUGAUAUCGAUAACGAUCCCAAUCGCGCACCACCCUGCGACCCCACUGUGUGCGUAUUGCCCGACUGUUUCUGCUCGGAGGAUGGCACCUCAAUUCCCGGUGAUUUGCCUGCCAAGGAUGUGCCCAUGAUGAUUACCAUCACAUUCGACGAUGCCAUCAACAACAACAACAUCGACUUGUACAAGGAAAUCUUCAAGGGACGCAAGAAUCCCAACGGUUGCGACAUCAAGGCCACCUACUUCAUUUCACACAAAUACACUAACUACUCAGCGGUGCAGGAAACUGCGCGCAAGGGCCACGAAAUCGCUGUGCACUCCAUAACUCACAACGAUGAGGAGCGCUUCUGGUCGAACGCCACCGUCGAUGACUGGGCUAAAGAAAUGGCUGGCAUGCGUAUCAUCAUCGAGAAAUACGCCAACAUAACCGACAACUCAGUGGUGGGUGUACGCGCUCCAUACCUACGUGUCGGCGGCAACAAUCAAUUCACAAUGAUGGAAGAGCAAGCUUUCCUCUAUGACUCCACAAUCACUGCACCGCUCUCGAAUCCACCACUCUGGCCAUACACCAUGUACUUCCGCAUGCCACAUCGUUGCCAUGGUAAUCUGCAGAGCUGCCCAACCCGUUCGCACGCUGUGUGGGAAAUGGUCAUGAAUGAGCUGGAUCGUCGUGAGGACCCGGCCAACGAUGAAUACCUGCCCGGUUGCGCUAUGGUGGACUCGUGCUCAAAUAUUUUAACUGGCGAUCAAUUCUAUAACUUCCUUAAUCACAAUUUCGACCGUCACUACGAUCAAAAUCGUGCACCAUUAGGCUUGUAUUUCCACGCAGCUUGGCUGAAGAACAAUCCCGAAUUCUUGGAUGCCUUCCUGUAUUGGAUCGAUGAGAUCUUGGCCAAUCACAAUGACGUGUAUUUCGUGACAAUGACACAGGUCAUCCAAUGGAUGCAAAAUCCUCGCACUAUCAGCGAAGCCAAGAACUUCGAGCCAUGGAGGGAGAAGUGCGUUGUCGAGGGCAAGCCAGCCUGCUGGGUGCCUAGCACCUGCAAACUGACCUCCAAGGAAAUCCCCGGCGAGACCGUCAACUUGCAGACAUGUGUGCGAUGCCCGAAUAACUACCCAUGGGUGAAUGACCCAACCGGUGAUGGUUUCUUCUAAGUCAGCGCGCUCACCUGUAAAUGCACCACAAUGCGUAUACAUUUUUAUUUGUUUUUAUUUUUGUUUAAGUAUUCUAACUUUGCUAAAGAGUUGUGCUUUAGCGCUUAAUUUUAUACUCUUUUCUCUCUUAAAUUUUCCUUUUCCAGCUCUGCUCUUUCAUCUUCUACUGCCUUUCCUUUGUACUUCUUUUAUUUAUCCUAUUAAUAUAUGUAUGUUUCUUUUCUUAUCAUUUGUAAAUAUUUUUACCGUUAAUUGCCGCUCAAACAAAACUAAGCUAAACAUUUCUGAAAAAUCUACAUUAAUUAUAGUUUUUUUUUUUUGUUAAUGCCACAAUCAAUUUUUUUUUUUUCGUUUGCUUUAAGUUAUCUUUAUUUUCACUGCCUCAAUCAAUUAUCUUUGCUCUAAUUAUGCAAGACUUUUAUUAUUUGACCGACCUUUGAGCUGCUAAAUAAUUAAUGGCAACUAUUUACACACUCUGAUAUUCGGGCCACACAUAAAUAUUUGGCGCUCAAGGUCGUUGCUGUGUUAAUUUUAAAGUUACGUAAAUUGAACUAAAUAUGUACACACAAAGAAACACUAAAAAACACAAGAAGAAGAAGAAUAAGAAGAAGC